GAGGAUUUACCAUUCAAUCCUAUAAGGGUGCCCAGAAGCCAUCCCCAAUGGAGCUGAUGCGUGCUCAGGCUACAAGGAUGCCAGAGGAUCCACUCACCUUCAAGCCACCCAAAAUGGACAUUCCAGUCACAGAAGGGAGGAAACAACCUCCACGCUCCCAUAAUAUCAAACCUCGGGAUCUGAAUGUGCUCACUCCCACCGGGUUCUAG